AUGAAUUCAGAACGGUUGGUGACCCACGUCUUGUUUUUCGUCAUUUGCGCCACAGCAUCGGUGGUCUGUCUGAAGAAAGAUCAGUACUUUUGCGAGUUGUCUUCGUCGUGCACGUGUAUGACGGCCAACGAUGACAACAAUAUCGACUUGGGUGGAUUGAAUUUGACGCUGACGAUCGCGGACAACCAGACGUUGAACUAUCAACCUUGUGUCAGUGAAAUCGUUAUUGUAAAUGGGACAUCCAAUUCUUCAAUACAGGUUGCCAAUUUUACGCAUGCUUAUGUUAAAAUAAGCGACGUGGUAACAUUUAUCUACACAAAUGACUACGACCUGCAUGAGUUUGAUGUAAUUUUGGUGUGUGAUUCAUUAGCAGUCAGUGGAAACGAAUCUUUGGCAAAUUACAAAAAUGUCACUGCUAACCAAUGUACUGUUGAACUUAUUACCAGUAAAGUAUGUGGAUUGAAUUUAAACAAUGCAUAUGAUAACAACUCAGAAUCAGAAUCUUGGACAUACUUUUUUUCAUUCGUCUUGGUUGUUGCAUUUGUUUACUUUGUUGGCGGAUCUGUAGUAAAUGCCUGUUUAUUUAAUGAAAUUGGUAUUAAUAUGAUUCCUCAUCAUGCAUUUUGGUCAUCACUUUACGAUAAAAUCAAGGAUAAACUAUGUGGAACAUCUACAAUGGCAACAGCUUAUGAAAGCAUUUAA